AUGGUGCGCCAGGUGCUCCUGAUCCUUUGUCUUGGUGCGGCUGUGGGGGAGAUCUGUGGAGUGGGAGAUGGCAUCUGUUUGGAAGCCAUCAUGAGGAGACGCUUCGCCAACAAGAAAUGGCAAGCAAACCGUACGGUGACCUACGACUUGCAACAGCACCUGCUCGAGCUCCUUUUGACGGCCCCGAGCGCUCUCAACACACAACCCGGCAGACUGGUCGUUGUUGACACGGAGGAGUCGAAGCGGCGGCUUGCGGAGGCCAUGGACGGCCCCAACCCUCACCACGUGCUCGAGUCCUCCUUCUCAGUGGUCUUCGCCGCUGAUCCCGAGCCUUCUCUUCCUGCAGAUGCUCCACGCUUCUUUGCCCAAGUGCUGAGGGAUGUGUCCCUGGCCCAGGCAUGCAGCGAUCAAGCUUGGGCCGAGAAGCAGGUGAUGCUCCAGGCGGCAUACUUCCUCCUGGCAGCGACGGAACACGGGCUGGCCACGAACCCCAUGGAGGGCUUCAAAUCCAAAGCAGCGGUGCGGGAGGCCGUGGGCUUGCCAGACAACUACGGUGUCGCUGUAGUCGUGUCCGUGGGAUAUGCCCAGCAAGAAGUGGCACAGGCAUCCAGACGGUACGUGGGGCGGCCAGUGCUGCCAGUGAGACUCCGGAAGAGGUGCGUGGAAGCAUCCAUCUGCCCUGUAUUCCUGAUCCUCUUUGCAGGCAAAGCCAUCAAGGAGUCCGUCUCAACUCGAACUUGCAAGCAUCACAGUGUGCUGGUUGCCAGCACUUCAUACAUGAACUUAAUCCCGCUGCAGAGAGAUGGUGACGUGUUUUCGCUCAGAGUCGAGUUUUUUCAGGCUGCUGUCGCCUUGAAGCAGCGCGUGUGGUCGCAGUUCGUGUUGCCAAAGGUCAAGUCCUUCCAUCAGAUGCUGAUGCUGUGCGGAGACACGACAAUGCAGCUGCGCCCGCUUGGCCCAUCUGGGCCAGUUGUCCAUUGCAUCCAGAGUGGCGCAGAGAUGGCAAAGAUGUUUCGGGACAACCCAAACAAGCUGUUGCGGUUCAAUCCCUUGGAUGUGCAGCAUUUACCUGGUCCUCUUGGGAAAUUCAUGUCCUUGGACGACAGCUUAAUGCAAGUCGUCGACGGAAUUGCUGGUACUUACUCCGACUUUGACUUGGUCUUAGCUAUUUGUGUAUUGCGUUGUUUUCCCAUUGGCCCUGACCGCGAGCAGCUGAAGAGUCAUAUUGUCACCUUCGGGAAGCGCUUCAGCGACCAGAAAGUGCUGGACAGAAUGUACAAGGACCUGCGAAAGCACUUCGAGACUUUCUCCAUGGAGGGUGGAGAGAAAUCCAAGAACCUGUUCGAUGUGAUUCAGCGGACCAUCGUGGCUGUGCUCCUUUCCGAGAUGUUCGGCUGUUCUUUGCCAGACGAUGUGAUGCUGGACGUGACACCAGCAAGGCUGCAAGAGCUCGCCAACAAGGUAUUUGGUGCUUUGCCAAACGGCCCUGCAGCGAAGGACUGGAAAAUGCUCAAGAGGGUCGUGGACCACAUGACCGCAGAGGCUGUUGAAGGAAGCAUGGCUUGGCAUUUGAGGGACACCUACGAGGGCAAGCCGAAGGAGAAGGAGGGAACAAUCCGAAGCAACAUGCUCGUGCUGCUCCUGAUUGGGGCACAGAGUAUGGCCAACGGAGCCUACUGGCUGACCCUCUGCCUGCAAGAUCCGGAUCGCUUGUCACGCUUACGCAGGGGCGACGGCAAGCUUGCUGACGUCUUGGUGGAAGAGAUGCGGCGACACCCGCCAAGUGCGCCCAUACUGAUGCCCUACAAAGUCAUUAGUGCUUUCACAGACAACGGCAUGGACUUCCGUGAGCGCGACAUUGUGGUCAUCUCGCCACCAUG